AUGUUGUGUAUUAUAUUCAUUUGGACCAUCUUCCUGGCUGUACCAUGUGUGGGCUUCCUGCCGAACUUCUGGUCCCGUGUGCUGACCCUGUCCUGGGACUCGCAAACGCACCAGUACAUCACCGAGAGGGCUAUCCUGAACAUCACCAUGGAAACGCUGAGAGACAUUAAAAACCAAGACCACAUGGAGGAACAGAGCAGAUUGGGUCGAGGUUUUUGGAGGGCUGUGGGGGAGGUGGUGAAGUCUAAUGCAGCCAUGGACUUCAUGAGCUCUACCAGGUCGGACCCAGUGUUCCACUUUGACUCGGAGCAGUGGGAGGGUGCCAUGGGGGCACUACGGCAGAUGUGGACCCAAACCCUGCUCUCACUGAAGGCAAGAGAGUACCAGCAAGCACGCCACAGUCUGGGACAACUCUUUCACUCACUACAGGACUUCUACAGUCAUAGUAACUGGGUGGAGCUGGGACAUUGGGACAUCUAUCUCCACCUGCUGCACCCUGAGGAACCGGCUGUCCCUGUGGCCAAAUUGGACACUCCCACCUGUCUAGAGUGCUUCAGUCUGACCUGCAGAGACAACCUCCUGUCCCAUCUGACGAGGGCUCACAGAGACUCACUGCUCACCACAGGAUACUUCAGCAACACCCCAUUGAAACCUGAGGGUAAAUGCAGUCAUGGAGGAGUGAUGGACAGCAGCAGGUCUUUAGGGGCCAGAGGAGGAAUAAACAAGGAUAGCACAUCUCCACUCUUCUCUCCUCAUCACUACCUCCACACAGAAGCCGCCCGAGUCGCAACUGAAGCUACGCUCGCUGUACUCCGAGACCUGCGGGACACUGUGGGCCCCAAACUCUUCCUCAAUCUUUUGAGUGUGGACCAAGCCUCUGCUCUGGUGUUUGUGCUAGACACGACGGGCAGCAUGUUUGAAGAGCUCACAGCUGCACGACUCAGAGCUCAUGCCAUCAUUGCACAGAGAGCACACAACUCACAGCAGCCAGGAACCUUCAUACUGGUACCUUUCCACGACCCAGAGGUCGGACCAGUGUCAGAGACUGAUGACCCUCAGGAGUUCAUGCAGUACAUGGAGAACCUGCUGGCUCUGGGAGGUGGAGACGAGCCUGAAAUGUGCCUCACUGCUUUACAAUUGGCGCUCACACACAGCCCUCCUCUCUCUGAGAUCUUUGUCUUCACUGAUGCCUCUCCAAAAGAUGCUCAUCUGUUUGACACUGUGAAAGCCUUAGUGCUGGAGAAACAGAGUAAAGUGACCUUUCUGUUGACUGAAGACCCUCAUUAUACGACGGAGAGCAGAGGAAAGAGGAGGAAGAGGAGGAGGAGAGGAACAAAAUCUGUACAGAAUCUAGACCGAUUUUCUCUCUACUCCUCUCUCUCCUCUCUGUCUGGAGGAAUGACCAUUUUCACUUCCAACGCAGACAUACACAGAGUCUCAGCCAUCGUAGAGGACAACACCGCCACUGACAAAGUGACCCUUCUUCACGCAGAGAGCAAUGGGGAGCAGUGGGCGGCUCAUUCUUUUCUUGUUGAUGAAUCUUUGAAAAACAUCACUCUUCAUGUCACUGGCCUCCUCUCUGAAUGUCUCCUCACCAGUCCAUCAGGUCAAAGACAGUCUCUUCUGAAUGAACAGGAGCCUUUAGCUGUGACAGAGCACUUUGAGGGUCUGUACAGAAUUGUCCUGCUCCCCCCAGUGCAGCCAGGACAAUGGGAGCUCCAAGCCAAGAGUGAAGAACACAUCACCUUUAAUGUCAUAGGUGGCAGCAGUGUGAACUUCCUGUAUUAUUUUGCCACUGUGACCAAUGAGACUCACCCAGGACUGGCCAGGAUGGAGGGCAGUCCUAUUGCAGGUGCCCCUGUGUUUCUGGUUUUGGCUGUAACAGGUCUGGCCGUGAAUGCAGAGAUCUCCUUUAGUCACGUGACUUUCCUGGGAGCAGACGGUGAGAGUGUGCAGGAGGUGGCGCUAAACUCGUCCUCGCCGGCCUCUACCUUCUCAGUGGAGGAGCUGGUGGGAUGGGUGCAUGCUGUUCCCCGGGAGCCCUUCUGUGUUCGGCUGACGGGACAGGACCGCAGUGGGGCAAAGGUGGAGAGAGUAUCGAGUGAGAUGGUCCAACCCACCCACGUUCAGAUACAGGUCUCCUCUGCUCCUCACCUAGUCCCGGGACACAGCACUAUGGUGACCUUUGACCUUCUGAACCAUGGCCCGGCACGACUCUUCAGUUUAACGGCUGAUGAUGAUUACGGCUAUCUGCAAAACAGGGGCCCACACAGGUUCCAUGUUGGUGAGCAGGGCAGAUUCAGAGGGCAGGUGGACCUCUUAGCGCCCCCUUCUGCUCGUCCCGGAGCCACAGUCACCCUCAGCCUCUCUGUACGGGACAUGAGCUCUGCGGACUCCAACUACGCUGUGGUCUACCUCUCUGUGGUCCCACCUGACCCUGACACAGCGCCCCCUACCUGCUCCAUCACACGUAUCCAGUCUUACUGCAACACCUCCAUCUGCUCUGAAUCCAAGUGGAGUGGAUCUCUGGCAAUAUCCGACAGGGGGCGCUCUGGAUUAGCCUUCAUUCAGUUACAUAACGGAGAAGGCAUCGUCACUCUUCACCAUAGACCUCCACUAUCGGAGGAAAACCCUAAAAUGCACCAAAUACACCACAAUCGCCAUAGGACAAAGUUGCAAAUUGGAGACCCACCUUUUAACGUUUCUAACUGGGUGUCAGGACCGUCCCAGCCCCUUUGGGUGGGCUACACUUCUUCUUGCUGUUCCCACUGGGCGGAAAUCCUUAUUUGGGAUGGGGCGGGUAACAUGAAGCGGUGCCGUGUCACGUCUGGACAGCAGGGGGCGCAGCGAGACAACAGCAUAGAGUUAAGUGGAGCAAAAAGGACAAGUACAAGCUGUGUUGUAAUACUUGGGGGACUUUUGUCUUGUGUUUUGGUGAAAUGAAAUACUUACUGGACUUACAGUUGUUGUUUGAUACUACUGAUGUAAAUAAUAAUGUGAAAAAAUAUCAAACAUUUUGGUCAAAUCUGUUGUAAAAAGUGAAAUUUGUAUUUAGUUUGUAAGAGAUCUUUAAGCCACAAUAAACAUCCCCCAAACACUGUA